UCUGCUCUGCUUCUGUUAUCACAUUUAAAGCUCCUCUCAACCAGAAUCAGUUUGAUACUUGUCGUCUAGACUACACCUGCUUCCCUCUUGAUUGCAAGGAUGUGCAUGACAGUGGUAUGACCUCAGACGGCGUAUAUUUGAUUUACCCCAAAGGGCCGUAUUCAGUUCCAGUCCCAGUGUACUGUGAUAUGACCACGCCAAAGGGACCAUGGACAGUAUUUCAGAAAAGGUUUGAUGGAAGUGAGACUUUUUUACGAGGCUGGGAAGACUACAAGUCUGGAUUUGGGCGAGCUGACUCAGAAUAUUGGUUGGGUCUAGAGAACAUCUACCACCUUACCUUGCUGAGGUCCUACCGCCUGCGCAUUGACCUCACAGAUUUUGACAAUGACUCUCGUUUCGUGAUCUACAAUAGUUUUGCCCUCUCACCUCUUGCCAUCUCUGGUGAGAGAGACAGCUAUAAACUGCAUAUUGAUGGAUUUGAAGAGGGAGAUCCAUCCAGACCAGCUGGCAACUCUCUGUGGACCCAAAAAAACAUGAGUUUCUCCACCCACGAUCAUGACAGAGAUACAUAUACAGGAAACUGUGCCAGUAUGUACAAGGGAGGAUCCUGGUAUAGUGAUUGCCACUCUGCCAACCUGAAUGGACUGUACCUGAGGGGCCUGAGCCAGCAGUAUGCCACUGGUAUGACCUGGGCUGGAUGGCGAGGACACUAUUACUCCAUGAAGAGCACCCAGAUGAAGAUAGCUGUCAAUUUGUAAAUUACAAAUCACAU